GUCGAAACGUAAUAAGCCAUCAAUUACUUAGGUUUGAUUUUUCUUCUUGACGUCGUGUUUUUUUAAGUGACAAAUGCAUGUCAUGAUUUCUGGUAUCAUGACUUUGAGUUAAGACAAAUGCCGAGUGUUAUCUAUUUUCAUUACUGUAAAUAUAUAUUUCUUACACGCUGUAAAGCAUAGCAAGUGAAUGGUCCAUAGAAAGCCUCCGUGUUGACCAAGGUUUUUGGCGCGAAAUUCUUGGCUGGUGACUGAAAAAAGGACACUUUUUUUUUCAACAACAAAUACAACACAAUUCCAAGGUGAGAACGCUUCUUCAAAAGAUGUUAUCGACUUCGUUUAUAUUCUAACAGCAAGAUACAUCGAAUGAUGAAAAAAUUCUCGAAAUUGAAUUUGGAAAGGAACAUAGCUUGAGGAAAUGGCGUCUAACAUGUCACUGAACUCUUCGAAAAACUUAGCCUCGAAUUUUAGCGAGCUGUACGACAAGAAACCUCAAUUAAACAACGUGGACUUCACUGCAAUAAGCGUUUACAUAAGUCUCGUUGGAGGACUUGGAAUAAUUGGAAAUGUUUUAGUGAUAGCAGCUUUUUGUAAUUACAGGAAUCUACGAACAUCGACUAAUACAUUUAUUCUUCAUUUAGCGGUGUGUAAUCUGGUUCUAGCUCUGCUCGAUGUUAUAUUUUCUCUACCUUCUUCAAUUAGUCAUAAAUGGAUCCUUGGCCUAAUGGCUUGCCGUUUCUACGGAUUGACUUAUCAUUUCUUUUGCUCCGUUUCGCUCAACACUCUUGCAAUUAUUUCGCUGGAUCGUUAUUGGGUCAUAACUAAACCAUCGAUUGGGAUCAAAAUAACGAUUCGCCGAGCGCUUCUCUGUAUAGGAGUUUCAUACUUUUAUACAAUUAUUUUCACAAUACCAGUCUUCCUACAGUGGAUGAAAUUCCACGAAGAGACAUUCUACACUGGAUGUUACUUGAACUUUGCAGAAACCUCGACUAAAAGCAUGCUCUUCGCUCUAAUGCUUGGGAUUUUUUUAUUCGCUAUUCCGUUUGCAGUGAUGAUGUUUUGUUAUUGUUCGAUUUUCGCGUCCGUUAAGCGUAAAGGCCGGUAUGCUGUGAGAAUGCGACCAAAAUAUCGAAACAAAUGGAAAUUCACGAUCCAGAGGAUCCCACAUUGGAGAACGGCUAGGAUGAUUAUUGUGGUUAUUUUCGUUUUUCUACUGUGUUGGUCACCCUAUGUUAUAGUUUCUAUAUCAAUGGCAUUUGGAUCGAACUUUUCUGCACUAACUCUGGAAAUCACUUUAUUGGUAGCUAAAUCGGGAGUCAUUUAUAACCCGUUUAUUUACGCUGCUCUAAACCUUCGCUUCAGAACUGCGUUUUUCGAAAUGCUCCACUGCGAUCGAAUAGCAAGCAGGACUAAAUGGGGUGUUAAGACAAGAGUACUGUCAGGAGCAACUGGAGACUCUAGUGGUUAUCUAACGUCUCGAGCAAGUAACUGUCCGUCUUCAAGAGCUCUAGUCGAACGAGGUGGGUCAGUUUUAAGAACUAUAGAAAGAAGAUCUUCUAUAGAUCCAGAUCUGAAGCCUUCUUGCGAACAGGAACAACUUUUGAAAAUCGAGCAUGGAAUUUGCUGCCCGCACCGUGAGAUAACUCCACCGGAAAUGGGAGAUAGUUCAUCGAAUUCUGAUGAAGCCAAGAUUCAUGAUAUUGGUCAAACCCGAUCUAAAAACGGUACUAAUCAUAUUAAUUACUGUACAGUUUGUAUAGUGUCUUCCAGGAAAUGUAUUUCGUCGAUAUACACCGAUGGAAAUGAUAAGUGUAUUUGUGCCAUUAGAGAUAAAAUGUUUGUGCAAGAUGCUAGGAAAAGCACGAAAUCUGAUCACGAAGAAAAUAGAACUAUAAAACAAAAGUUGGGUUUAAGCAAAAGCAUUUCAACUAUAUGUGAUACAGAGAGAAAAAAUCGCCCGGUGCAAUUUCAGUGUGAUAUGUGUCAAAUUUUCAAAGGUGGAAAAGAUAGAGGGGUAGAUUCAUCGAAGGUCAUUAGUACUAAACAUAACGCAGUGUCGGGUCUGUCGAAUGAGAACCUUUCAGAAAGGAUCGAGCAUGCUUCCUGUAUUUGUGGAUGUCAAUGUCACUUGAAAGCGGAAAAUGGAACCAGGUCGAAGCGACCUGCUAUUAUCCGAGAAAGAAAUUCAUGUCUACAUAAAAGUCAUUUCCUAAAUGAAAACAUGUCCUAUGGCUGCUACAGAAGACAAUUAGAUAAAGACCCGGCUAGGCAGCCGAGAAUUAAUUCGGCUGGAAAACAUGAUGACUUUUCAAUGGCGACAGAAAGAAAGGGGCCCAAAGGCUAUGCUCUGGGGCACUCCAUAUUUAGAAGAAGAACUUCUGAGGGCGUGCAUGCAGAAAUAGCAAAGAAAACCGAAUCGUUCUGGAGAAGACCAAGUUUAGUUAUAAUGAACAACGUAAAACCAGUUGCAUUUGAUCAGAAUAUAUGAAAACUUAGUAAAAAUAAGUAGAAAACUUCCUUUUCGGUUUUGUCAUUAACGUCAUUACUGAAAAAGCCAAAUAAAGUCGCGGCAUCUUUGAAAAUAGAUAACCUUUAGGCAAGAAUAUAUAUGUCAAGUAGCACUCCGAUAUAAAAGUUCUAAGGGGUAUAGAUGAUACAGGAAGUCUGUAGAAUUAAAUGUAUUCUUAUUUUAAAAUACAGAAAUCAGUUUCAUUUUAAGGGCGCCCGUGUUGCUGCCCAAAUGCUCUAGCUAUGGAAACUACAGAAAGCAUGUCAGAAAGAAUUCGAAAUAUUUGCUGUUCAGUUGAAAUAAAGAAAAAUAUUUCUUUUCUA